AUGUUUUUCUCUAAGAUUGUUGUUGCUUUGGCUUUCGUAGCCCUUGCUUCCGCUCAACAUGGACAUCAAGCCACUUCCUAUGCUUCAUCCAACAGUUACAACACUCAUAUUUCGCAUGAUUAUCAUCAUGCUGCUCCGGUAGCUCACAGGGAAGCAGCUCCAGUUGCUAGUUACCAUCAUGCUGCUCCAGUUGCCUACCACCAUGCACCAGCUCCAGUUGUCCAUGCUGCUCCAGUUGCCUACAAAGCUCCAGUUCUUGUUAAGGCUGUCCAUCAUGAGCCAGAACACUACGCCCCAGCUAAAUAUCAAUUCAAAUAUGGCGUCCAUGAUACCCACACUCAUGACAUCAAGGAACAAGAAGAAUCCCGCGAUGGUGAUGUUGUCAAGGGUUACUACUCCCUUCUUCAACCUGAUGGCCGUACCCGCAUUGUCCACUACACUGCUGACAAGCACUCCGGUUUCCAGGCUCAAGUUGAAUACAAGGGACACGCUGCCCAUCCAGAACACAAAGCUUCUGAGUACCAUCAUUAA